AAUAGCAGCACAGCCGGGCCUAAUUUCCAAAUCAUUUGACAUUCUAGCGCGAUUAACAUAAAUCACUUUCGAUUAAUUCGCGUUCCAAUCGAAGUAAGUAGGUGGAAACAUUCCGCGAAGCGAAGAUAUCGAGGCGACGGCGUCGUUUGCAUUUUGCGAGCGGCUAAGCGAAUUAAUAGUUCUGCUGCGAAUGUCUAGACAGAUUUAAUCCUCGAAUAAUAUGAAGAAAACCAAGCCGCUGCUGCACGACCAUCUGAUAACGAUCCGAGUGAAGAAGUACCUCGAGGAGCACAUCGGCGAGACCUAUCUGGAUGUAAAGCAGAUGACCCGGGAGUUGAUGCAAAAGUAUCCGGAAUACUCGCGUCGCAAAUUCGGUCCGUUCAGGCAGUUGGUGCACCAAGCAUUUUCCAUUAUCUCGGAUAGCUACAACUUGGACAAGGUGAGCAGCUCCGAGGACGAGAACAUCAGCGAGGAAUUGGAGGCACCACCCACCAACAGUGUGAUGAACAACAUGAUGAACAGCCUGUACAGCCAGCCAAGGAAACCACUGGCUGCCAAGCCAAUAACCGAACCCAUCGAUAUAUCCAGUGGAGACGACAACGACGAUGACUCCAAUACCAACACCACCAAUGGAGAAGGCCAGGCUCCUGUACCGCCAAUAAGUCAGCCAACCGCUCUGAAACGUUUGAUGGACGAUCUGCCAGAGACCACGGUGGUUCCAAAGAAAUCAGCUAAGGCAAAUACUAUUCAAGGCUCUGGUCCGGAAUCGACCCACAAAUAUCACAUAGGCAUGGGUGCCAGAGGUAAAAACCACUCGGAGGACGCCGGUCCACGCAAGGAUCAUCGUAAUGCGCCCGGAUUGUAUCAACAGCUGCACCCUAAUGCAACUCGCGACCGCCCCCGGAAGUACAAGAAGGAGUUGGAGGUGCAGCAUACCACUGAGAGUUUCCGCGACAUUGGCGGCAUGGAUAGCACCCUGAAGGAGCUGUGCGAGAUGCUGAUCCACAUUAAGUCGCCGGAGUUUUAUUUUCAAUUGGGACUGCUCCCCUCGAGGGGCCUUUUGCUGCACGGUCCGCCAGGAUGUGGCAAGACCUUUCUAGCCCGUGCCAUUAGUGGGCAAUUGAAGAUGCCGCUGCUGGAAAUUCCGGCUACUGAGCUGAUUGGCGGAAUCUCUGGCGAGUCGGAGGAGCGCAUUCGCGAGGUCUUUGAGCAGGCCAUGGGCUUUUCGCCCUGUGUGCUGUUUAUCGACGAGAUCGACGCCAUCGGGGGCAAUCGUCAGUGGGCGGCCAAGGAUAUGGAGCGGCGCAUUGUGUCGCAGCUGAUCAGCAGCUUGGAUAACCUAAAGGCCAACGAAUUUGGCCAGUCCGUGGUGGUUAUUGGGGCCACCACGCGACCCGAUGUCCUGGAUCCCGGUCUACGUCGCAUCGGUCGCUUCGAUCAUGAAAUCGCCAUACAUAUUCCUUCGCGAAAGGAGCGUCGUGAGAUCCUGCGCAUCCAGUGCGAGGGUUUGUCCAUUGAUCCCAAGCUUAACUACGAUAAGAUUGCCGAGCUGACACCUGGCUAUGUGGGUGCUGAUCUGAUGGCUCUUGUCUGCCGGGCUGCUGCCGUGGCUGUGAAGCGUAGGUCCAUGAAGAAGUUCCGUGAGCUGCACGCUGCCAGCGAGAAGAAUAUGACCACAGUCACGUUGGACGACGAUGAGCCAAGCGAGGAGCCAGGUGACAAGGCUGAAAAAGCAACAGAGGCUGAUCCGAAAGCUGACAAGAAAGCAGAAGCGGACCCAAAGGAGGAUGGGGAUAAGGCAGCAACCAACAAGGAGACCCCAGAAGGCGAAAAACCCAAAACCGAAACGCCCAAGAAAACGACCAACGGCAAAUCACCUGAGAAGCCCGUGGAUGCCGCCAUGGAGGUGGAUGAAGAGGCUGUUAGAGAGCCGGAAAAACCCGUGGAACAGGAAGCGGACUCCUCGAACGACGAAUACUACGAACCUACACUGGCCGAGCUGACCAACUUUCUGGACAAUCCACCCGAGGAGUUCGCCGACCCGAACUUCUGCCUAACUCUCAUUGAUUUCGUGGACGCCAUCAAGGUGAUGCAGCCUUCGGCCAAGCGUGAGGGUUUUGUUACAGUGCCGGAUACUACUUGGGACGACAUUGGAGCCCUGCAAAACAUUCGCGACGAGCUUAAGCUGGCCGUCCUGGCGCCAGUUAAAUAUCCGGAGAUGCUCGAUCGUCUCGGGUUGAAUGCUCCUUCUGGCGUUCUGCUGUGCGGUCCGCCGGGUUGCGGUAAAACGCUCCUCGCCAAGGCUAUUGCCAAUGAGGCUGGCAUUAAUUUUAUAUCGGUGAAGGGACCAGAGCUAAUGAACAUGUAUGUUGGCGAAAGUGAGCGCGCUGUGCGGGCCUGCUUUCAACGUGCUCGAAACUCUGCCCCCUGUGUCAUCUUCUUCGAUGAGUUUGACUCCUUGUGUCCCAAGCGCUCGGAUGGAGGCGAUGGCAACAAUUCUGGGACCCGCAUAGUCAAUCAGCUCCUGACCGAAAUGGAUGGCGUGGAGGAGCGCAAGGGUGUAUACAUCCUGGCGGCGACCAACCGACCGGACAUUAUUGAUCCUGCCAUCCUACGACCGGGUCGCUUGGACACCAUUCUGUACGUGGGUCUUCCCGAGCAGAGCGAGCGUGCCGAAAUUCUAAAGGCCACUACCAAGAACGGAAAGCGUCCUGUGCUGGCCGACGAUGUAGAUCUGGAUGAGAUCGCUGCCCAAACCGAGGGUUACACUGGUGCAGAUUUGGCAGGACUGGUUAAGCAGGCCUCUAUGUUCUCCCUGCGCCAAUCAAUCAACGAUGGCGACACGAAACUCGACGAUCUGUGCGUACGCAGCCAGCAUUUCAAAGAGGCUCUGCAGCAGCUUCGACCCUCAGUUAACGAACAGGAUCGCAAAGUGUACGACAAACUGCGCCUGAAAUACGCUGCACCUAGGGUACCCACCUUCGAUGAUAAGUAAACGCCCUCAACAAUAAUGGAUUUGUUGUUUUAGUCGAUAAGCACACUCGCAAAUCAAAUAGAAUAUGUUUUGCGAGAAUUUACGUAUGAUUUUCAAUACAAAUCAAGAAAUCAAAUUAUUUCUUAGCCAUUGUGAGCCUACCAUGCAAAAUGGGUAGAGCGCUAAAAGUAAUUAGUUUACUUUUUUGAAGAGCAAGGGUU